GCAAGCGGUUCGUAUUCGUGAAGUUCGCAUCUGUAUCUGAAACUGAGUCUGAACGGCAAACACAAGACAAACGAUGCGCGUGCGCCGUGUGAAUUUCGCCAAGUUUUGAAAUAGCCAAGAUAUUUUCUGAGUGAUGUGCCUAUAAACUAAGUGCAAUUGCCCAGACAAAGCAAUCAAAGACCCCCAAAAAAACUUGCCAAUUGAAACACAUUUGGAUUAGUUUCACGACAAGCAAAUAAACAACACAAACACUAACAAUAUGGUGCGAAGUUUGGCCCAGUGGACGAAGACGCUGAGCUUUCCCUCGCGUCUCUCGCCCAAUCGCAACUCCAAGGACUGCUCCACUUUGGCCAGUCCCGUGCCGCCACCCACUCCGCCCCGGAACAAGACGACCAACGGCAGUGGAAACUGCGCCACAUCGCGCUCCUCCUCGUCGACGGUGUCCUCAUCGCACUCGUCCUCACACAGUUCACCCACUCCUGGCAACAACAACAACAACAUGCCCAUCACGGAACUGGAACAGAUUAUCUAUCCCGGUCCCGAUCCGAAACACAUCAUGGGCUCGCUGGUGUUCUGCAUUCACCACAAGCAGGGCUGCAAGUGGUCCGAUGAACUGCGAAAGCUGAAGGGACAUCUCAACGCCUGUAAGCACGACGCCACCCAGUGUCCCAACAAGUGCGGUGCCCAGAUUCCCCGGAUCAUGAUGACCGAUCACCUCCAGUACACCUGCACGAUGAGGCGUACCCGCUGCGAGUUCUGCCAGAGCGAAUUCUCCGGAGCUGGUUUGGAGGAGCACAACGGAAGCUGCGGCCAGGAGCCGGUUUACUGCGAAGCAAAGUGCGGUCAGCGGAUCCUGCGCGGCAGGAUGACCCUUCACAAGUCCAAGGACUGCGCCAAGCGGCUCCGUCGCUGUGCCCACUGCCAGCGGGAGUUCUCGGCAGACACACUGCCCCUGCAUGCGGCCCAGUGCCCACGAGCUCCGUUGGCCUGCCCCCAAAGAUGCGAUGCUGGUCCGAUUCCCCGCGGUGAGCUGGAGGCUCAUCUGCGUGAUGAAUGCCAGUCGCUGGCCGUGUCCUGCAGCUUCAAGGAGGCGGGAUGCCGCUUCAAGGGUCCCCGCCAGAUGCUGGAGGCCCAUCUGGAGAGCAACGCCGCCGUUCAUCUGUCGCUGAUGGUGGCCCUCAGCUCGCGGCAGGGUCAACAGAUCCAGAUGCUUAAGUCGGCGGUGUCCAAGCUGUCCAUCAACUACACAGGUACUCUGUUGUGGAAGAUCACCGACUGGUCGGCUAAAAUGACAGAGGCGAGGGGCAAGGAUGGCCUGGAGCUGGUCUCACCCCCCUUCUACACCUCCCAGUAUGGUUACAAGCUGCAGGCGUCGAUGUUCCUCAAUGGCAAUGGUCCUGGGGAGAACACGCACGUCUCCGUCUACAUAAAGGUCCUGCCGGGAGAGUACGAUGCUCUGCUUAAGUGGCCAUUCUCGCACUCCAUCACCUUCACGCUGUUCGAACAGGGCGCCCAAAGUGGCCAGGGAGGCGUGGCGGAAUCCUUUGUGCCGGAUCCCACCUGGGAGAACUUCCAGCGGCCGUCCAACGAACCAGAUCAGCUUGGAUUCGGCUUCCCGCGCUUCAUCUCCCACGAACUGCUGCACAGCCGACCCUUCAUCAAGGGGGAUACCGUGUUCCUGCGCGUGAAAGUGGAUCCCAGCAAGAUAGUGGCCGUCUAAGGACCACCAUUAGUAGCGUAGACAUUUACUCGACUUGUGUAAAUACUGUGUAUUUAAAUGUAUGAGUAAAUCCCCUAGCCUAGCGUAGUCUAGCCUGUUCAGUCUCAGCGGCAGCUUCGGGCGAUGUUAGCCGGCAGGCGCUAACUGGCCUUGGAAUGCCGACCGCUGGGCCACUGCGUCAUAGUCAUAUUCGAUUCGUUUAGGUUUUUGCAGUGCUGGAAUUAAACCAAAGCAUAAUUACGCAUAGAAAUACAUUGAGAGCUCAUCCAAUUCAUCCAUUAAAGUACGCCUAAGUUUGUGUCUUAAGUCUUUUGUUUAGAGAUUUGUAUUAUUGCGCGCGAUGCGAUCACUUUCAAAAGAUCUUCAAACUAGACCAUACGCUCAAAAUCACUUAGACCAUAAGUUGCAUGUAAAUAGUGUUAAAUUCGGAGCAGCCGCAGCGACCGCAAACCUAGUUUUAGUUGUAGCACGUAGUUAGUUGCCUAAGCGAACGCAUAAGUCAUUAGUACCAUGAACGCGAACAUAAACAUGAGAAUCCAACUUUCAGCAUAGUCAAAUAAGUUUAUGGUUUAUGUUUAAAGCUAAGA